ACUUAAAUUCCCCAACAUUUUUUACACUCUCAAGAAAAAUUCUAAACUCAAUUACGCUAUCAACAGAAUUAACUCACCAUUGUAUCUCAUGCAAUAAGUUUACCUUCUCUUCAUAUACAUUAUGUCUCUUGUAACAAAUUUCACUAAUUAUUAUAUACACGAUGUCAGUUACUCUAUAAAUUUCAUGUCAAACCUCGUUAUUUAUUAACCCUGUAAAUAAUACACUAAAUAAACACAUUUUAUAUACCAUAUCUAAAACGGCCAACAUAACACACCCACACGGCCACACACCAUGACCAUCAAGUUGAGUUGGGCUAUAGUCAAUAACCCUAGCAAGUUGAUAUUGAUCAUAAAUUUACAUGGUACUACGAAACAAAAAACAACCUUUGAGAAAGCUCUGAUCUUCUACCUGUUUUUCAAAUUUUCCCCGCUAAAAAGUACCCCUUAUGGAGUCAGAGGGGCACCGAAAUCCUACAAACCCAUCUGCAGUUUUGGCUUCUCUUUUGACUAAAAGAGCUAAGAUUCAUGAAGAACUCAGAAACAUUGAGAAACAGGUUUUUGACAUGGAGACAACUUAUUUACAGGACCCUAGCCAAUGUGGAAAUGUAUUGAAAGGUUACGAUGGGUUCUUAUCGACAUCAAAGAGUACCACACUGCUGAAGAGGUCCAGGAAGUUUCAACCGGAAGACAGGCUAUUUUCUUUAUCUUCAAUUACCUCACCAGCAGCAGAAGAACAAGCAUAUGGAAGAGAAGAUGGAAGAUUGGAAGGUCCAGGUCGAUACAGGGGAAUGAGUGUGGUCGGAAAUGGACAGGGCAAACCGAAGAAAGGCAGAGGAGCUAGAGAAGGGAAAAGAAUCAAACAUAAUGAUCAGGAUUUCGAUUAUGAUGAUGAUGCUGAAAUGUAGCGGUUUACUACUAGUCUACUACAAGAAAGAUCUACUAGCUGAUGUUUUCAUACACUUUCUAGCGUAAUGCUAAAGCAGAUGAUAUGAUAGAGGAGCGUAUACCAUCAAACAAGGACCUAUGUAUCACUGAUCCAUCUGAAUACAGCAGCCAAUGUAUACUGCAAGUCUUUUUUUUUUUUCUUUUUCUUUUUUUCUUUUUUUGGUGGGGAUGGGGGAGUACAGUCUCUGAUGUACAUGUAAAUCAGAGGAAUUGAAGUAAUUUUCCUGGUAAAGAAAGUUUGAGUUCUUAGUUUUUGGUCUGGUUUAAUCGGAGUACAAGCGAACAGUUUCUAAUCAAACUUAAGCAUGGGGCAAAGCUGUGUAGCGAGCAGUGAGGCCAAACAAACUAAACCAGAUUCCCUGUUUUGUUGCUCAAUUACAAUGGAUCAUACUUUCCUAAAUGUACCUAAUAUCAGCUGAACUUGGGUUUAAAGACGAAUUUAACGAACUCCCUUGAAAGUUAUUGACUUAAGGCUAAGGGUGUUUAAAGGAAAAAGAGAAGGUCCAACUGUCCCAGAGUAUUGUUUGUUGUAUUACAUGGGAGUCUAAUUAUGCUAUUAAUUAAGUGGAAAAAAUUGAGAGGAAAAAACUUAAAACCUGUGCAUUUCUUAUAAACUCAAACUUCAAAACUAACCUUUUCAAACUGUAAAAUACAUUAGCCUUUUAAGUAUGGGUUGGUAGAUGACUUGUGGUGAAUCAUUGAUCAAAGAUUUUAUUGUAUUUGGCUAAUAGUGAUUAUUUCUUUUUUAUCAAGUUAAACUAACAAAACUCGCUAAUUAAUAAGCCUAUUAUAUAUAUGUUAAUUUCAAUUUCUCUCUUCAUUUCAUAAUAAUUUAUCCAUUUAAAACCAUUACACUAUUUGAAAAAAAUCUUCUAAAAUACUCUUAUGAUAUAUAAAAUACAGUAUCAAAUUUAACACGGAACAAUAAUAAAUGUAUCUCCUAGCAUAAUUUCUUUUAUCCUAAUGAAUAUUUUAGAUGUUAUGAAUAUAUAUAGGGGUAGUGGAAAAUUUUCUUAACCUAAAAUGGGCAAAUGAAUUAAAAAAAAAAAAAAAAAAAAAAAAAAGGGUUUGGGUUUUGGUUUUCCCAUUAGUAUUAGACUAUUAGACCAAAUUAUCAAAUCGGGCCAAAUCCAAAUUAAAGAGUUGCCCAUAACAAUACAAAGUCCACAUUUAUCUGUUCUUUCUCUCACUUCUUCUCUUGGGAACUUUUAGCUGUUGAAAAUGAACUUGCUGG